AGGAGAAACUACAGCAGAAGGAAACGCACACCGUCCGUCGGCUCGUCUCGCUCAAUUCUGUCAGAGCAAUCCCUUUAAAAUGGCGUACCACAGUCCGUACAGAGCUCCGCCGCAGGUCAACGCGGCUCCCGACCAGAGUUUUCUGUGGAAUAUCUUCCAGAGGGUUGACAAGGAUCGGAGUGGCGUGAUAUCAGACUCUGAGCUUCAGCAGGCCUUAUCAAAUGGCACAUGGACUCCUUUCAACCCGGUGACGGUGCGCUCCGUCAUAUCCAUGUUUGACAGGGAAAAUAAAGGCGGGGUGAACUUCAGCGAGUUCGGCGGCGUGUGGAAGUACAUCACAGACUGGCAGAACAUCUUCAAGAACUACGACAGGGACAACUCCGGCUUCAUCGAUAAGAACGAGCUCAAACAGGCGUUGACUGGAUUCGGUACGCAGCAAAGCUACCGUCUAUCGGAUCAGUUCUACGGCACACUGAUAGAGAAGUUCGACCGCCAGAGGAAGGGACAGGUGGCCUUCGACGACUUCGUUCAGUGCUGCAUCGUACUACAGAAGUUGACUGACGUGUUUCGGCGUUACGAUACAGACCAGGACGGCUGGAUCCAGGUUUCAUAUGAACAAUAUCUAUCGAUGGUUUUCAAUAUAGUAUAACGCACAUGGAUCAUCACAAAAGAGCACAACUGGACACAACUGUGCCAAAGCUACCGGCACCUCCCAGAUGUCAGCCAUGGCGGACACUAUGAGAUUCUUUUUUUGAAACCUCAUUUUUAGCCCCAGUUUCACACACAUUUAUAAAAUAAACACAAGGAAACUUAAAGGAUCCCUUUGUUUCGGGGGGUUGUAAUACCCUCCAGGUGAAAGUACUGUUCUGGAGGUAGAACCGCAAUGCUUCAUGUACUUAAAAAAUAAAAUCUUGUAGUGUUUUGUUUGAUGACAAAUCUGAACUACGUCUGUGCUGGGGGUGGGAAUCAUUGUGGACACAACCUGUCUUUCUGUCUGUUAUUGUCAACAAACUUUUUAAUGUCUUAACUUUAAUUGAUGCAAUUAAAAAAUAUAUAAAAAUACUCUUGAGAGUAAGAAUGAUGCAUUGUAAAUAUGAUUUAAGAUGCAUUGCAUGCUUGUCAGGGAAAUUUAGCCCCACGAAAGCAUGCUUUCCCUUUCUUGUGUCUUGUCCUCCGCCCUGUUUUGCUCAAAGCCAUGUUUACAAAAACGGUGAAAGCAGGUGAUCUGCUUUGCGAUUCACUGACAUGCCAGCUUACAUGCCAUAUUUGUACAAACUUAUUUUUAACUGCAAAAUCAAAUGUUAGAAAAUUUUUGGUAGAGGGUAAGCAUAACGGCUUUUAGUAUGGCUUAUUUUUGUGUGCAUGAUGCCUUAAAAUCUGUGAAAAGAACACAAAAGAUAAAUAUUUUAUUAAAAAAUAAAGAAAAUCUGAUGUGGA